AUGUCGGGCUACAACCCUGGUGCAGUGAGUGUGCUGCUGAAGGUGGCCACCUCAGCAGUUCCUCCAGCCCCCUCACAGUUCCAGGAUGCCACCCAAAAGGGUGACACGCAGUCCAUUUCAAACUCGCUGGCAAGCUCCACAGGAGGCAGAGUGGAGUCAAUUUCCAGCUCAAACUCAGCAGCCUACACACAGGCAGACAAUGCCAUCUCAUCGGCCAUCAGCGAUGCUGUAGCAAAGGUCAAGGGUGGCGGGGAUGCGAAUGCUGCUGCAAACGCUGCCAGUCAGGCGAUUGCACAAGCCAUAGCAACCGCCUAUGCUUCAGCUUCCAGCAAGACCACAGCAGCGGCGGCUGCCAGCGCCUCAGACCUGCAGACAGCAAUUGCAAAGGCAUUUGCCAGUGCUGCCACGUCCGUGCAGUCUACAGGCGGCACAGCUCAAGCAGAUGCCACAGCAGUGUCAAAGAAUGUGCAGACGGCGAUCAGUCAGGCAAUUGCAAAGGCGCUGGCCGCAGUCUCCGGCAAUCAGGCCAACACCAACUCAAGCUCAUCUGGGGGCUCGCCAGGGAGUUCGGGGAAGUAG